CUGCUGCAAAGCUCGCCCGGGUCUGUUGGCGGGAAAAGGGGGGCGGGGCCGGCGGGGCCGGCGGGGGGAGGGGCGCGCGGGCUAUAAGAGGCGCGCUCGCCCGCCGCGCUCAGCAUUUGGGCCGGAGCCGCGAGCCGAGGGGAGGUCUGGUGCCGCUGCCGGUCGCGCGGGGGGUGAAGAAGCCACGGAGCGGUCCCACCCACCUGCCCCUUUGCAAGCCGGCGGCGCUUUUUGCAAGGGACCCGCCGCUGGGCGCCCUCUUGGACUUACAGUGUUGCCUUCCCGAGCGAGCCGCCGAGGAGUAAAGAGCGAGCAAAGGCUCCGCGGCGCUUUCUCCUUGUGGAAUCUGUAUUUUUUUUUUCUCCCCCGGGUCUGGUUCGUUGCAGCGCUCCGCCGAACCGACCUGCUGGAUUGCCGGGAAGGAACCGGCACCUUCCUCCGCCACGAUGCCCCUGACCGUCCCGAAUUUCCCCAGCCGGACGUACGAUUACGAUUAUGACUCUGUGCAGCCCUACUUCUACUUCGAGGAGGAGGAGGAGAACUUCUACCUGGGGGCGCAGCACCGGGGCUGUGAGCUCCAGCCGCCCGCCCCGUCGGAGGACAUCUGGAAGAAGUUCGAGCUGCUGCCCACGCCACCCCUGUCGCCCAGCCGCCGAGCGGGCGGCUUCCCCUCCAGCGCCGACCAGCUGGAGAUGGUGACCGAGCUGUUGGGCAGCGACGCCGUCAACCAGAGCUUCAUCUGCGACCCGGACGACGAGGCCUUCGUCAAGUCCAUCAUCAUCCAGGACUGCAUGUGGAGCGGGGGCUCGGCCGCCGCCAAGCUCCAAAAGGUGGUCUCCGAGCGGCUGGCGUCCUACCAAGCCACCCGCCGGGAAGGCGUUGGCGCCACCGUCUCCGCCCGCAGCAGUAGCAGCUCUGGCAGCCUGCCGCCCUCCUCUCCGCCCCAGACGCCCGUCUCGGCCGCCGCCUCCUCGCCCAGCAGCACCUACUUGCAAGAUCUGGGUGCCACGGCCACGGAGUGCAUCGACCCGUCUGUCGUCUUCCCCUACCCGCUGGGCGAGAAGUCCCCAAAGCACAGCGAAGUUGUGCCAGCUGCUGCCCCCGAUGCCAGCCUGUUUCCUUCCUCGCUGGGGGUGGACACGCCACCCACCACUAGCAGCGAUUCUGAAGAGGAGGAGGAGCAGGAGGAGGAAGAGGAAAUAGAUGUUGUGACUGUGGAGAAAAGGCAGCCUGCCACCAAGAAGACAGAGUCCAGUACACACAGUAAAGCCCCUCACAGCCCACUUGUUCUGAAGAGGUGUCACGUCCCCAUCCACCAGCACAACUACGCUGCUCGCCCCUCCACCCGGGUCGAGUACCCCUCGGCGAAAAGGUUAAAGUUGGACAGUGGCCGGGUACUCAAACAGAUCAGCAACAACCGCAAAUGUUCAAGCCCCCGCUCCUCAGACUCGGAAGAGAACGACAAGCGGCGGACGCACAACGUCUUGGAGCGCCAGAGGCGGAACGAGCUCAAGCUGAGCUUCUUCGCGCUGCGCGACCAGAUCCCGGAGGUGGCCAACAACGAGAAGGCCCCGAAAGUGGUCAUCCUCAAAAAGGCCACGGAAUACGUCCUGUCCAUCCAAUCAGACGAACACAGACUGAUAGCCGAAAAGGAACAGCUACGGAGGAGGCGAGAGCAGCUGAAAAGCAAGCUGCAGCAGCUAAGGAACUCUUGUGUUUAAAACAGACAGAAAACAUUUUGAAAGAAUAAUCCCCAUAUACAUAGACUUGGGAGUAAGGCCUCUGUUUUAGGGCUUCUAAAAGAGACUGGGGGGAGAAAGCAGCAAAGUACUGAUGGACUUGAUUUCAUGGACUUGUUCAUUGCAUGCCCUACAACUACGCAACUUUGACGUGACCUCGACAGAGAGGCCAGCCAGAACCUCAAAACUCUGUGAAGGAGGGGGACAUUUCUUCACACUUGGGGGGGAUGAGCGAUUUUUCCCUUUUAUUUUUCCUCUCCUUUUUUUUUUUUUGUAUUUAAAGCCGUCCCCCCCCCCUUCCUUUUCCCUGCGGUUGGCUGUUGUAGAUAUAUUUACACAUCUUAAUGACAUGUAAAUAUCUUUAAUAAAAAAAAUCUUUAUAGCAAAAAUUCUUU